GAGGCCCUUGGGAAAUGUAGUUUUUAUCUGAAAGACUCUGGACCUGGCGGAGGGCGGGGGACGGGAGUUCAGGGAGGGGCAGUGUCUGUUCCGGGGCGCAGUACUUUUCUCUGCCUCGCGCUGAUGCGGACGCUCAUAGCGUAUUUGUUAAAUGGGAAGUGGCCCGGAAAGCUAAACACAGCAGCCCUGGAAUCUGUGGGAAUUCGGCUCUGCGGAGCACUAGGCAAUGCGCAAGCGCAGUUCAGACCCGGCUGCAGACUCCAGUUCUUUGUGUUGUGUCUGCGAUGUGGCGGUUGCGAUCUGUCGCUGUCAGCAGGGGCUCCUCGAAGGGAAACGCCUUGGUGACCAGGUGUGUGCAAGUUUCUGCCCCAGGACUCCGACUCUGCUUGUACCUAAGAGGGCUCUUUAGAGAAGAAAUGGCUGUCAGGUACCUGCCAACCACAGUCCAGCUUGCCUUGCAGGAACCGGUGACCCUCAGGGACGUGGCGGUGCUGUUCACCCAGGAGGAGUGGGCCCAGCUGAGCCCUGCUCAGAGGCGCCUGUACCAGGACGUUAUGCUGGAGAACUGCAGCCACCUGGCCUCGCUUGGGCUCUUAGGACCCAAACCAGAUCCGUUUGCCCAGCUGGGAAAAGGGGAAGAAUGGACAUCAGAGGUUGCCUCCGGAGGCUUCUGCUUGGACUGGAUGCCUCUCCCUGUGAGUAAGAAAUCUAUUCUCAAGGCAGAUAUUCCUGAAGAAGAAUUGGAUCAGUGGAUGAUAGAAGGGAGAUUCACUAGCAGGAGUCACUGGACGUGCGAUGGUCCAUGGGAAUGGCAGCACAAAAGCCACGAGGUGAAGCUGCGUAAAGGGGUCCUCACUCCCCAGCAAACCUCACCUGUGAGUAGUCACCAGGAAUGGGAUGGAUCUGGGAGGUGCCACACUAUGAGCUCAUCUUCUGUUCAAAGUCAGGGAUUUCAGUCUAACAAAAAAGCCUUUGAGUGUAGUGAGUGUGGAAAAGUCUUCACUACAAGUUCAACCCUUAAUAAACAUCGGAAAAUUCAUACUGAAAAACUUAAUUCUAAUCCAAAAACUCUUAUUAAAGAGAAACGGUAUGAAUGUAGAGAAUGUGGGAAGGCCUUUCACCAGAGCACACACCUUAUCCAUCACCAAAGAAUUCACACUGGUGAGAAACCAUAUGAAUGUAAGGAAUGUGGCAAGGCGUUCUCAGUGAGCUCCUCACUCACUUACCAUCAGAAAAUUCACACUGGAGAGAAACCUUUCGAAUGCAACUUAUGUGGAAAAGCUUUUAUCCGAAACAUACACCUUGCCCACCAUCAUAGAAUACAUACCGGAGAGAAACCUUUCAAAUGUAACAUAUGUGACAAAGCCUUUGUGUGCAGGGCGCAUCUUACCAAACACCAGAAUAUUCAUAGUGGAGAGAAACCCUAUAAAUGUAAUGAAUGUGGAAAAGCCUUCAAUCAAAGUACAAGUUUUCUUCAGCAUCAGAGAAUUCACACUGGAGAGAAGCCCUUUGAAUGUAAUGAAUGUGGAAAGGCCUUCAGAGUGAACUCCUCCCUGACUGAGCACCAGAGAAUUCAUACUGGAGAGAAACCUUAUAAGUGUAAUGAGUGUGGGAAAGCUUUCAGAGAUAAUUCAUCCUUUGCUCGACAUCGGAAGAUUCAUACUGGAGAAAAACCUUACAGAUGUGGUUUGUGUGAGAAAGCCUUCAGGGACCAGUCUGCCCUAGCCCAGCAUCAGAGGAUUCAUACUGGGGAAAAACCAUAUACAUGUAAUAUAUGUGAGAAGGCCUUCAGUGACCAUUCAGCCCUUACUCAGCAUAAGAGAAUUCACACUAGAGAAAAACCUUACAAGUGUAAACUCUGCGAGAAAGCCUUCAUCCGAAGCACACACCUCACCCAACAUCAGAGGACACACACAGGGGAGAAACCAUACAAAUGCAGUAAGUGUGGGAAAGCCUUCAGCCAGACUGCAAACCUCAUUCAGCAUCAGAAACAUCACAUUGGAGAAAAGUGAUUGCAGUUUAAAGAAAAGAGCUUUGAGACUGAGUGUAUGAAUAAUUGAAGGUAAGAGAAUCCAUUCCAGAGAAUAACCAUGAAAGCUUAUGUCAAGAUAGUCAUUUUAUUACUGAGGAUCAAGCUUCAUAGUAUUGUGGGUUUUGAGAAUUUAAGAAUGUCAGACAUUCCUCAUGGUUCAGAACUGCCUCACCUGAAUAGCAAGCAGUACUGUGUAAUUAGUCUGAAUCGCCAAGUAUAAGAAUCAAUAUGGAGCUUCAUUAACAACUUAAAAAUUUGUUUAUCAAAUUUACAUUUUGAUUAUUAAGAGAAAUUAUACAAUUCUUAGCCCUCUUGGCCUAGAAUUCACAUGUAUCACUUCUAUUCACACCCCAUUAGGGACAGCUAACCAUAUGACCUGACAUGGAGACAAGAAAGGUGGGAAGAGGCUGGAGAUCAACCCAGUGAGGUCCACAUGCCUUUGGUGCUCUGAUGAGCUGUGUACACACUGAGUGUAUGAAAAUCAAAAAUAGAAAUUGUAAAAUUAUAGAAAUUAAGGAGCAAAGGAACAAAACAGUAAGAAAAUGGUCUAUAAGACUUUCUUUACCUGAAUCUCUCACGUAAGAGGGUGUCUGCUUUUGGCGGAACCCUUUGUUCUCACCCACACUGCUGACAUCCAGAGUAAAGGGCAUGCAUCCUCUCAUGUGUCAGCUGGGACUGACUGAAAUGCUGCUCCCCAUCUUCUGUGUCAUGCCACCUUUGGCCAGAUCUCCCUGGUUUGUGUGCCCACUGGCUUUCUGCCUUUCUUCUCCUUCCAGUACAAUUCAUUUGAAUGGUAUGUCCCUCUUUUGAUUUAGCAACCUCUAACUGGUAACAUCAUGUCACUUAUUGUCCAUUUAUACUUGGGGAAUAUAGUGAUCCAACCUCACACACAGUCCAUGAGUCUGGGUAUUGCCCCAGAUCCAGCUUUUAGAACUUGGAACUGCUGCCUGGGAGGCAGAGAUUAAUCAAGAUUCCUGAGUUUCUCUGGAGUUUCUCUGGAAUCUCAAAAUUCCAGUUUCUCUGGACUUCAACUUGACUCUGACCGUGGGGUUAUACCUAAAGUAGGGGCUUAGUCUGUGUAAAUAUUACCCUCCAACUAUUUGUACCGCAGUUACCCUACACACAGCAGGCAGGGGCACCUUGGCCUCAGGUGGGACAGUCCCAACCACCUGUUUGUGUUUGAAGUCACCUCGACUUCUCUGAUUUGCCAUUUCCUGUUGUGCCACAGACAGGAGAAGCAGAGCCCACAGCCUGUUCUCAGAAGGCUCUGCCCUGCUCUCUUUCCAGCUGGGCAGUCCCCAGUGACCCUUGCAUUAGAGUUUACUUGUCAUAGCCAUGAAUAUGAAACUGCAUCCUGGUCCUUGCUCUGCCUUUGUCCAGUUUUCUGAAAGUAUUAACUGUGUUCACAGGAAAAGCAGAGAGCUUUGUAUUUGUGCUUUUUCAUUGGAAAAUGGCCACUUCCUCUCCUCCAUCUGGGUAUUCCACUGCCUAAAGACUAUCCGGUUGUGACAGUGGUGAGCAACAUGUUGAGACUUCUGAUUCUACAAAUCAAGAAGUGGUCACCAGCACCAUGACAGUCUCUGGCAGGAGCAGUGUCUGUGCCCAAAAGUUUGAAUAACACUCUAGUCCUGCAGGUACAGAUGGUUCAUCACCUUAAUCUUUCAGCUGGGUCAUAGAAAUCACAGCUAAAAUAACAUCUGUGGUGUCUUCAUACACACAGUUUCUGGUGGCAUGUCCCUUCUCCCUGCCCCCACAAAGAAUGGGGAGCCCACACCAGUACAGGCUGUUGCACUCUGCAUCAUAAAGGUGGGAGAGCAAGAAGACCUGGUCUGGGCAGAAGGUAAGAGGUUCCUGGUUUAUGGAGGUACACCCCAUCAAUCUGGGCAGCCUGUUGAUCCCUAUAAAUACUGCAUCUCAGCUCCCAGCACAGAGAGGGUCUUCCAUGUCAUGGUGGAUUCAGUGGACUCCAGGUUAAACAGAGUUGAAGCUUGCUGCUGUCUAAAAGCCCAAGUUCUCUGAAUUCAGCCAAGUUAUGCCCAAGGCAUUAGAGACUCCUAGGAACAGCUCAUUCUGUACCUCACUUUUCUAGACUUGCAGAUUGGCCACAUGGAUACUGACUGAUAGAGGUGAGGACCCCUGGGACCCACCCUUCAGGGUUACAGGGUCUGAGCUGGUAUGUGCCAUCUCCAGCACAUCCAGCCCACCUCCCACUACCCUCUGUCCCACCUACAUGAGAGACUUCCCAGCACACCCAGCACAUGUACAUGGCAGAGGAGGUGCUGGGCUUAUGUGUGAACCAGGCUCCCCACCCCCUCACAUGACUGAAGCUAAGCUAUGAGCUGAGAAAUGGACCUUGGCCCAACUCUCCCAGUUGUGCACUUGGAAGUUGCCCAGUGAGGAAACCUAUUGGAAGUGCCAAUUGCUCUCUGCCUGGGGAGGGGGGGGGGUUAAGUAGAGGAGUAGCCUCUAGACUUGGUUACAUUCUUCAGUGUCUAUGGCCUCCCAUGAACAGCCACUAAAACUGCCUGCUCUCAAGGAGAAAAAAGAAAUUGCUCCAAAUUUUCCCUUGUAAAUUCCUCUAAUCCUUCUGCCUUGUUAGGUUUCAACUCACAUGCAGCUGAUUGAUUUUGCACGUGGUUCUCCCUGCCCACCUGAGUUUGCUUGGCUUUGACAGCAGCAUCUAAGAUAUUGCCUUCUUGCAUGCUCAGCAGCUGCUUUUCAAAUGGCACCUUGGGCCCUGCCUGGUAUGGCUCAAUGGAUGGAGUGUCUGCCUGCCAACCCAAAGGUCACUGGUUAAAAUGGCACCUUGACUUUGCAGCAGGCUCGGUCUCAAGGGUUAUUUGGAAUAAAAUAGCCCUAAACUGCAUGCAUGCCUUAGGUUGAGAAAACAGUUCCCUUCAACAUCAGUUUAAUCUAAGAAUGGGUAGCCUCCAGCUGCCUGCGUCUUCUCCCCCAUCUUCCCCUUUGCACUUGUGCUGCCUCCUGUACACCGCUGGAUUAGCCAGCAGGACAGUGUGGAAACAAAACUCUGCCACCUGCCAUAGGAGGAUUCCCAGCUUCCUGGCCAGCCUCAACUCCUGCUAAAUAUAUUUUUGGUAAUAUUUUUACUUUAAAUAUUUUAUACCAGUUUUUGAAGGGAAAAGAAAUACAAAGCUUGAUUUUCCCUAUAACUUGAUUUUCUCAGUUGUGCAAAUGGUCAUUCUCUGCAAGUGCCAGGAUUUGGUCAUGAGACUCACCCUUCCUGUUCUGUGUGUUACCUUGUAUGUCACACAUCACUACCUUAAAAAUUGUUGCCAUGAAAGUAUUUCAGUGUGUUUUUCUGAAAAUAAAUGAGAAAAUACCCAAUGUUUAAGCUGUACACAUUGCAUUUGUGCUGCCUGCUUCCCUAAUCAGAUAAAACUAAGACAUGACAGAUUUGUGCUUCUGGUCCUACCUCCACAUAUGGCCGUCCAAACUUCCCUGGCCCCAGACACCAUAGUGUUCCAGCUGCAUCCUUACUGCUGGGGAGAACAGUUAACAUUUGAGGGCAUACCUUGUGUUAGGUACUGUAAGCACCCAGUGUUUAUUAACUCAGUCAAUCAUAAGCAGCUGUUUCUACCAUCCCCUCUUGAAGGUUGAUGAAAGGCUUUGAUGACCCCAAGAACAAAUAUACCUGUUGAGAAGACCCCUAGUGGCUAACUGGGCUCAUAUGAACAGCCUGGAGCUGUUGCUAAACAGGGGCAGCUUAAGCAAGCCACACUUAAGGGAGAAGUUGGCACUAAACUGCUUGCCUCCCACACUCCACUGCUUGCCUGCACUGUGCCUGUCUGAGCUAGUCCUUAUAAAGGAGUUCUGGAAUCCUAUUUCAGUCAGUAGGAUUGAGACUCCCUAUCCAAUCAGAGCUGGGCAGCUAUAGCCUUAUUACCAAUUAGAGUGGCUGUUCUGGCCAAUUAGGACAGUGCUUUUUGGACCAAUAGAAAUGUAGGAUUUGGAGUCCUUAUUUGCAUGAGAACAGACCAAUUGAAUCAGGGGAGGGGGCUUCUCUAAAUAAGUUAGCUUCCCUUCAGGGUGGGUGUGCACUUUGGUCCCACUUCCACAGAGUCUGGUGGGCAAGUGUUACAGAUUCCUGAAAUUACAGGGAGACUGACUCCUUAGGGUAGACUGGCUUCUCAGAAUCCAAUUAUGUAGCUGUUGCAAUAAUUCACUUUAGUAAGGGAGGUGUCAUUGGUUGUUCCUUGGCAAGUAAUGAUCUCAUAGUCCUCAUCUUUUAGGUUUUCUUUAAUCCAAACUUUUCUUAUUCUUUCUAGUGGUUUUUAUUCCUACCAUCAUAACAUGCUAGAUAUGUUCACAUCGUAAGUCACAUCUUGAGCUCUUACUCUAUCAUCCAGGUACUGUGAACAUUGCCUACUUUGUGCCGUGGAAUCUAAACAAAACUGCUAGGUGUGGGCAUGGGCAAUGACCUAUCACUAGACAUGGUUUUCCUACUCACUUUAUAGAUGAGGAAUCUGACUUGCCCAAGAUCACACAGUGUUAGAGUAAGAAAAGCAGCUUCUGAUCCUAGAAACCAAGCCCUUAACUAUUAAGCUGGACUGCUGUGGGUCUUGGAGAACUGGUCACGCUAGCCAUCAGUUUUCACUCACCUCUUCUCUCUCUUCCUGUUUAUUCCCUUCCCCAAACAAGGCAAC